AUGCUUGCAGUAAUUAUUGUGUCUGUGCUGCAGAUUUCUUCUCUUCUGAAAAGAGUCGUCGAGGAGGUAGACGAUGCUGUCCAAUUGCUGGGCUCUCAGGUAUGUUCCAGAUUAAAUACAGCGUGUUUGUUCUUUUACCGUAAUAUUAGAGGCAGUGAUUGUAUUUUUUAUGUAUUUAACUUGCAGCUGAGAAGGACCAUUGUCAGUGUGGCAUUGUGGGAUGGGGGCGUCAGCGCUAAUCAGAGAAAGACGUGCCCAUGCAUACACACAGAAAGCGAGGGAGAGCUAAAGCUUCAGAGAGCCGUACUGAUUCACACUCUGCAGGAGUCCUUGGGUGAGCUGAUGGAACAGAAACAUUGGUACAGGGAAAGAGAUGACUUCACUGUCACUCUUCAGGCGACCCCUCUCAUCAGAGGCCUGUCAUCUACUGGAAAGCCAAUUGGGGAGUUUGAAUCCUCGAAGCACACUGAUGAACUGAUGCUGAAGUUGUGGAGAAACUUGUUGCAGCCCAGGGUCGACCAACAUCAUCCAGACCAUGAGAGAAGCAUCAUUACAUUGCUUUGCCCGACCGAGGUUAGUAUAAAUGCAGAAGGUCCACACAAACAGUAUUGCAAGCAGUUACUAGUGGCAUGAAAUGAUCUUUCUUUCUCAUUUUCCCUCACUCCAUU